AUGGUGAAGGGUGAGGUCAAGCCCAUCGAGAAUGAGGAACAGCGCCAGAUAUGCUUCACCAAGCGUCGCCAAAGUCUGUUCAACAAGGCUAGUGAGAUCUCCAUUUUGUGCGGAGCAAUGGUUGGUUCUAUUGUCUUCUCAACCAGUGGUACACCCUUUUCUUUUGGGCAUCCAUCCAUUGAUGAUGUCGCAAAGCGAUUCCUCAGUUCGGUUAUUUCUGAUGGUCCUUCUUCGAGUUGUGCAAGAAAUGAUUACAGCUGGGCUGUACCGGAUACUAUCCAGCUGCUGAAUAUGGAGUACUCAGAGCUGCAGCAGGCUCUGGUCUCUGAAAAAGAGAAAAAAAAGAUGUUACAAGAGGCUACUAAGAAGGAGAUGGAUGAACCUAUGAUGCAGUUGUUGAAUACUAAUAUCUCGGAAUUAAGCCUAGAAGAGCUGCAAGAGUUCCAGAAGUAUCUGGACGCAAUACAUGGUGUUGUCGAAGAGAAGGACACUAAGAUGCCUGAAACGAGCCAACCUCAAGGAUUAGUGCCAGAACUUCCUAUGGAGAUAGCUCCAGACCAGCAGUACAAGUUUGGUGAUGAGCACAACAGUGCCAAUCCUAUGGCGUUCACAGCUCCCAGUUCGAGCGAUAUUGAAUUCAUUGAUGGAUUAUUUGAAGUCGACGGUCCCUGUCUUAGUGGUGAUCUCGCUGAUGUCUUUGGCCUAGGGGAUUUCCCCGACAACUAG